AUGGCUCGUGCCGCCACAUGGCAUACCCCCUUAACAUGUGCACACAAUCGCUUGAAGGGUCACACGCUAACGGAACAGCGUGUGUUGCCGACGGUGGGUUCCAUGGUGGCAUGUGGAGUAUACACGCCGUGCCCGGGAAAGCUUAACAGGGACAACUGGGACAUAUGGCAUCGAAAGGUCCAAUACAUCUUAGAGGAACAAGAUGCUGUUGAACCUCUAACCACUGUAAUGGUCGAACCUGAAGCUCGGAAUACGGCCCAACACAGGAGAGACCAAGAGGCUAACCAAGCUUGGAAGAAGAAAAAUAGCAUAGCAAGAAUCACGCUUCUGAGUGCAAUGGCUGAUGACAUAAUGUGCAAAUUUGAGAGGCAAAAAAAUGCACAAGCUAUGUGGAUAGCAUUGAAAGAUAAGUUUGGUGGUACUUUUACCACUAAACUUAGAAGGUUAACGAUUAAGUUUGAUGCCUACAAACUUAAGCCAAACAAUCCUAUGAAGCAACAUCUAAGAGAAAUGGCCAACAUGAUCAAAGAACUUAAGGAAGCUGGACACAUUUUUUCUGAUGAACAGCAAGUGCAGGCUGUUAUCAAGUCGCUCCCUGCUAGCUGGGAGUACAUGAAGGUUAAUCUGACCCAUAAUGAAAACAUCGUUACUUUCAACGAUGUAGCUAAGUACUUGGAGCUGGAGGAUGAGCUUUUAGAGGCUUACAAGACCUCUGGACAAGCUUAUUACAUUGAGGAUGCUGGUACUUUCCAAUCAAGGCCUGAUUCCAAGAAGGGAAAGAAGUUCCAAAAGAAAGGGAAGAAGGCUGGUCCUCAACCCUAA